CUCUUACCGAUGAAAACCAUAAAUCUUACAUUAAUCUUUGAUGUGUGGAUAUUAUGGUGAAUCUUUACCUCCGUUAUUUUCAUACAGAAUAUUCUAGCUUGACCGUGAAGACUGUGGAAGAAGAAGAAGAAGAAACCUACAGCACUUCCCUACAAUUACCAGAAAAAUCUAAAACACUUGAACUCAAGCCACAGGAAAAAAUAUAUUCUAGUUCUUUGGAAAAGAAAAAGGAAAAGCCAGUUUUUGUAACCCAACUAACACCUGCAGCAGUAACGGUUGGGAGCUCAGCUAGGUUUACUGUUACAGUAUCUGGUUUUCCGAGGCCUAAAGUUCAGUGGUUCCAUAAUGGAAAAGUCAUUACCUCUUCAUCUGUAUACAAGUUUGUAGAGGAAAGAGAUGAGUACAGUCUGAUCAUAACAGAGGUCAAAAAAGAAUAUGAGGGAGAGUACUCUUGCACUGCCAGUAACCGAUUUGGACAAACUACUUGCACAACGACUCUGAGGGUACAAGUCAGCGAUAUAUCACCAGCAGAGAAAUGGGUUGAGCAAAUGUUUAAAAUACCUGGAGAAGCACCUCGGUUCACCACACAGAUCCAGUCUGUACAGUGUGCUGAGGGCUGUGAGGCCAAAUUUCAAUACAAAGUGACAGGGACUCCCCGUCCACAGGUGCAGUGGUUUAAGGGCAGUACUGAAAUCAAACCAAGCCUGAACUGUUGUGUUGUAACAGAUCCAGAUGGUACCGGUUUUCUUAUUAUGAUUGAUGCUCAGCAGAGAGAUAGUGGCCUUUACACAUGCAGGGCAUCCAAUACCUUUGGGGAGGCAACUUGUAGUGCUGAAUUAAUUGUGUUUCGCAAAAGUUUCUCUGUAUCUCAUCAACAACAGUUGGUUCAGGAACAAAAAGCUUAUAAGAUCUCCACGACUGAAGAGGCAACUGAAUCCCGUUUGUACAGUGUGAGCCUUCCUGGGCAAGCAAGAGUCAGUCUGCAAGAAGGACACCAGAUGAUUUAUACCAUUGGCACUGAAGAUAGGCAGACUGUAGCAAGUGAACAAGUAGGUACUUUGCAUGAGUUAGAUGUUUCUUCUGCUGUUAUGCACAGAGAAAAGGUAACUCACCAAGCAGCAGUUCUGCAGACUCAUGAGACACAUGAGAGAGUAACUGUUGCUCCAACCCAGCCACAACAGGCUGUGGCAACACCUUUAAAACAGCUCCACAUAGCUGCGAUGACCUCUGCUGUUCAAGAGAGCCAAGGCUUCACAGAGCAGCACUUUGAUCGUAUUAAAAGUCCUGAGCUCACAGAGCUUGAAAUUGCAAAGGAGCAGCCUUCAAAGUUCAUGUCAGCAGUAACGGAGAGUGUCACCCCUCUAACAAUUGUGAAAGCAGAGCCACUAGCCAGUCGAGAAACAGAGCAGGUAAAACCAAGUCCUGAGCCAAAAUACCCAAUCUCAAGUCACCAGGUAGAAACAACACUCCCAAUUGUUAAAGAGCAGUCACAAAUUAUACCGCAGACAGAGGCAGAAAAGAGUUACCAAGUAAAGGAGGGUAUUAAAAUAUUAUAUACAGCAGUUUCCACAGAGAAACAACAAAUAACAGGUGGCCAUGCUACAGAUUUAUCAAUGUUAGAUUCAGCCGUUGAGCCAUCAGUUAAGAAAGAGUCCUCCAAACCUGUCAUUCUUUCAGUGAAUGAGACCAAGCAAAUGCUGUCAAAAGAGGAAAAAUUCUCUAUACAUAGACCUGAUGAAGAGACAGCAUCUUUGGCUAAGGAUAGAAUAUUAAGGUCAGCCCUUGUUGCAGAGGAAAAGAAUGAACUUCAAGCUGAUAAAACAAGUGUAAUUCCAGGUUUGGACAGUGCUGUUUCAGUUCAAUCACAGAGGGAAGAGGAACAAAUUCUUCACUUACAGAUUUUUACAGAUCAGGCCAUUCUGCCUUCUGAGGGUCGAUUCAGUAGUGAGAAGUCAAGCCCAGAGCAAGCAGAAACUAGAAAAAGUCCUACUCUAAUGCACACAGUGUCAACAGAUGAUCAGUGGGCUGUAACUUGUGAGGAGUCAAGUCAGUUCAGCACCCAAGAGACGUCAAUCUCCAUAGAGCCUCGUAAGGAGGCCCCUGCACCUCUGCAUUUGCAGGCAGUUCAGCCAGAAAGCAUGUUCUCCAAAGAGGGGAUACUGUCAGUAGAAAAGCCAGAGCAGCAGAUGGCAGUGCAGAGACAGGAGAGGUUCCGUAGACAUGCAGUUACCACAGAAGAGAAAAGGGAACUGACGGCAGAUUAUUCCAGUGCUCUUGAUGUUUCUGUGACAGGACUUCAGUCCGAAAUCAGGAAAGAACCGAAACCUCAAAACAUUUUGCAGGUCAUCACAGAACCAAUGCAGCUACCAAAAGAGACUCCAUUUUCCAGUGAUAUUAAGCAACAACGUGCACUAGUGCAAAAGGAGGAUCACUGGAAUAUUAUACAUGCCACAUCUGUGUCGGAGAGGCAAGAUCUGGAGGAAGGGCAUGUUGAGAAUUUGGGUGCAGUUGAGAAAUAUACAUGCUCGACUGAAGUCGAACCUAAAAUACCAUCAGAAUCUGUCCAUGUUGAAGACAAAGCAGUCUCCACUGAAAGUAGUAUUGCUCUUGAGGCUGCAGAGCAAGACUUUGCUGUUCAGAUUCAAGAAGGACAGUCUGUUAGACAGUCAAUAUUAAUGGAGGAGAAACAUGUUAUAAGAGGUGAACUGUCUCAGAAUGUUACACAUUUCGAAACAACCACAGCAAAGGUCACUCAGCAGGAGAUGGGUGUUCUACAAGUGUCAGAGUCCAGAGACAGCCAGACCCUUCCCAAGGAACUUACUUUUGUGAUUCCUGCAUCAAAAGCACACAGCUUGGAUAUAAAGCACCAGUUGAAAAAUACGCUUGCGUCAGCUGUUGCUCAAGAUCAACCAUUAAUCUUGGCAGAUGUGGUCAAACGUUUAGAAGUUGUUGAAGUACAGGAGGUCAAAGUGAAGAAAGAGCCAAGGUAUACUACAUUCACGUAUCUUAUCACAACGCCAGGUGCCCCCAUAGAGAUUACUAUUGCUUUCGAGGGUGAGUACCCUCAGAAUGCUGAUCUCAAGAGUGAACUUCAGGCUGCAUUCUAUUCCAUUGUCUAUCAGGAACAGCCAGUUCUUACUUCUGAACAACCUGGAACAAUGCAAAUUGACAGGCCUCAGAGAUUACAGGUUAGCAGGGCUGCUCCUAAAGAAACAUUCUCUCCAAUGGUACAGACUGUACAGUUAACAGAAAAUACAGAAGCUUUCUUGCAACCUAAAACUCAAUCAGCUGCUCUGAAGACCGAGGCCACCUCUUCUUUCUUGUCAAUGUCGGCUGAGCAACAAACCGUUGUGCAAGACUCAAAAAGUCAGGUGAUGACUAUUACCACUGAGUCAAAAAUGGAAUUAAAGCAGUCUGUUCAGGUCGAAAGACAGGAAAUGAGAUCUGUAACAGUAAAAAGCCAACAGAGAGAUGUAGGUGCAGCAGAUGUCACAACCGAUGUGUCCUUUGGACCACCUCCAGUUGAACAAUCUGCUGAUGUUCUCAUUCAGAGGGAAAGAAUACAGGAAUAUCUGACCGAAGAGACCAUGAAAUUAGAGAGUGAAGAAGUUAGGGAAUAUCAGUCAGUUUUUGAAAGCUCUUUGGAGGACAUUACUAUAGAAGAACACUCUGAAGCAACAUUUUCUGUGACUAUAAAACAUGUUUCAAAAGUGAAUUGGCUUUUCGAUGGAAAACGGAUUAUAUCUGGCAAAGAGUUCAAGUGUUUGAAAAACAGAGACACUUACACAUUAGUAAUCAACAAAGUAGUCAAGGAAAAACAUGAAGGAGAAUACACGUGUGAAGCUGUGAGUGAAGCUGGCAAGACAUCGACAUCAUCAAGGCUCACAGUGGUCAAAAGAGGUUGGAUUAUGGGGAUUAUUUUAUCAUGUCAUAUCAUCCAUGACUAACUUACUGUUCAUUUCUUUUUUUUUUUUCAAGCACCCUUAGUUAGUAUUCCUCCAACUAAUAUAUUAGGUCACCAUAAUUAGGGGGAAUAUACAGUCUUAAACUUCACUCUUUUAAUCCACUCUUCACAACCCUUUGGUUUAGUCAUGUCAUUCACUUCACCAAAGUGCAAGCAUGAUUUCACUUUGUCGUCUUCAUCAACUCUUAACAGUUGGAUUUCUUUCAGUAUCAUUCCUUUGUUCUUCACAUUCUCACUCCAAAGUGUUUCCACGCUUGUGUCUGUUCGCUUCUUGGAACUGAACCUGCGUCACCCAAGAAAUAUGAAUAGCAUCUCAUCCAUGGUCCAUCCUUCACUGAGCACCUCUUUUUGCAUGCUUUCCAGGACUUUAGGUUCUGGUUUGUUGUUCAUUGAUCUGUCUUUUUUCCAUAUGCAUAAAUGUUCCAUAAUUUUCCCUCCACAGUCACUCCCGGUCUACUGUUUGCAUCCCAUCAUUAAUGUCAUGUUGUUUGUUUUUGAAGUGAAUGAAGUUCUGUGGCCAAACUUAUUUAAAUUAAUCUCAAAGUUAUGGGUUAAAUAUUUGAUCUGCAGAACUAUUCAUUUCAAACAUGCCAUGAGCUGUUCUCAAUUUUUAAUAUCAUUAGUUUCACAAUUUACCAUGUAAGCACUCAAAUUCAUUGAUGUGAUUGACCUUAU